AUGCCUGUCACUUCUUCCGCUUUAUUAACUACCAAAUCCCAACAGUCUGCAUCCACUCUCCCGGAAACUAAAGUGGCAAGUAACGACCUAUUAUCGCACACUUCUUCUAAAAAGAAAAUUACUAUGCCUAUUGUAUUUGCGACAUCAAAAAAAUCCGUGGAUGCUGCCUCAAAAACCAAUAAUAAUCUAUCUAAUGAAAAGAAUCAUUUAAAUAACAAGUCAACGCGCCAUUUUCAUGAUUCAAAAUUAGACCUUUCUAAACCUGGUAAAAAACAACUUCCCUGCUCUCGGUCCAACUCUACAUCCAGUAAUUCUUCUUGUGACUCCUCAAAUAUUUCUGAUAAUACUGAUCAUUCUGAUAAUAUUUCUUCAUCGUCAUCUACGAAUUCUCUUCACUCUCUGAAUGGUAUAGAAAAUAUGCUUGAUGAUUAUGAUAUUCUAAACCUUUGUACCGAUAAAAAUGUCGACAACUUUUCCUUCCCAAUAAUAUCAAAUACUAAUAAUGAGGUUGAAAUACUAAAUACAACUAUCGAUAUCCCUCAGUCGUCACAACAACCUACAACAAAAUCUGAUAAGUUCUCCAAUAAG